UGCAUGCAGGUUUUGCUUAAAAAUUAAUAUUACAAAGUUUAAGCAUUAAAAGCUGCCAAAUUUUUAAGCAAACUUUGCAAACGCAAAUUGCAACGUGAGCGGCCUUAGUUGCGCAACCCGUAAGUCAACUGACAUAUAAAUUAAGUAUUAAAUAUUAGAGAGAAAUGCUCGCAUGUUGAAAGUAAACAUUGUACAGAAUCGGACCCAAGUCAAAAGGCCAGCAGCAGCUCGCCAUCAAAUCCUUCGAUGCGCAGCAUGAGAAACCAAGAUAAAGAGAAACUGUUUAGCUGCUCGCUGAACUCGCUUGCCAAGCGCGAUGAUUGCAUUGAUGAAGAUGCCACAGGGUCGGGCACUGGCCUGGUGGGCCUGCACAACCUUGCGAACACAUGUUACAUGAACUCGGCACUACAAGCUUUAAGUAAUUUGUCGCCACUGACGCACUAUUUCAUCAACUGCAGUGAGAUUGUGGAGCACAUAGCCUGCACGCCGCGUCCCAAGCCAGCAGGUCUAGCCAAGAGCUAUCAACGGUUAAUGCAGGAUAUGUGGCUGGCUGCUGAUGAGCCAAAGGAAUUUUUAGCGCCGCGCGGUAUUCUGUACGGGAUACGCACAGUACAUCCAAUGUUUCGGGGCUACCAGCAGCAUGACACACAGGAGUUUUUGCGCUGCUUUAUGGAUCAACUGCAUGAGGAACUAACCGAGCAAAUAAGUGCGCCCCCGCCACAGCAAUCUAGCCAACAGUCGCCCGCACAGCAGCAGCAGCAAAGCGAAACAGAUGAUGAAAAUCCGGAUGAUCAGCACAAGAGCUGCGGCACGCCAACUGCAUCAGAGAGCGAGUAUGAUACCUGCGAGAGCAGCAUGUCCGAGCGGUCCUCAGAGGUGCACAUGAAAACAGAGUACUAUAUGGCGCCACAACGCAACAGCAGCAACAAUCCCAUUUCGGAAUCCAGCUCCACGCAGCAGCAAAGCUCCAAAGCAAUGACGGAAACCAAACCAGUAGAAGCGGCUCAUUCCAUUAUAAGUGAUGUUUUCGAUGGCAAGUUGCUGUCCUCGGUGCAGUGUCUCACAUGCGAUCGUGUGUCCACACGCGAGGAAACAUUCCAGGAUCUAUCGCUGCCCAUACCCAACAGGGAUUUUCUGACUGUGCUACAUCAGACACACAGCCUGAGCGUGCAGAGUCUUAACGCCGCCGAUUUGGCAACUGCACGCAGCAAUGAAGGCUGGAUUGCCUGGAUGUGGAAUAUGGUGCGCUCUUGGAUAUAUGGGCCCUCAGUAACGCUCUACGAUUGCAUGGCGAGUUUCUUCAGUGCCGACGAGCUGAAAGGCGAUAAUAUGUAUAGCUGCGAACGUUGCAACAAACUGCGUACGGGCAUUAAAUACUCGCGCGUGCUUAACUUGCCAGAGGUGCUGUGCAUACACUUGAAGCGAUUCCGACAUGAUUUGUCCUACAGCUCGAAGAUCUCCUCGAAUGUGUACUUUCCGCUGGAGGGCUUUGAUAUGCGGCCGUAUCUGCACAAGGAUUGCAAAUCGCAGGUGCCCACCUACAAUCUCUGCUCGGUCAUUUGCCAUCAUGGCAGUGUGGGUGGCGGUCACUAUACUUGUUAUGCACGCAAUGCUCUGAACGAUCGCUGGUAUGAGUUCGAUGAUCAAUUUGUAACGGAGGUCAGCGCUGACGUGGUGCUCAACUGCCAGGCUUAUGUGCUAUUUUACCAAAAACACAAUCCACAAAUGAAAAUGGUACGCGAGGAGGCCAUUAACCUGUCCACUGCACAUCCGCUGUAUGAGGGCGAUAUACAGUUCUAUGUGACUCGCGAGUGGCUGUCCAGGCUGGCCACGUUCUCCGAGCCUGGGCCUAUUAACAAUCAGGAAAUGUUGUGUCCACAUGGCGGCAUAUUACAUUCCAAGUCAGCUUUAAUCAGUGAAAUAGCCGUGCCCAUUCCGCAGCCCUUGUGGGACUAUCUUUACAACAAAUUCGGCGGUGGUCCAGCGGUAAAUAUUAUGUUCGAGUGUGAAAUCUGCAAGCGUGCAGCGGAUGCGCUAGAGCGUCGUCAGCACUACGAGCUGACAGUGUUUACCAAGUACAAUGGCCUACAGAGUGAGCUGGAUGCCACGGCCAUAUAUGCCAUUGCCAUGCCUUGGCUACGAGCGUGGCAGCAAUUCUCGCGCGGUUUGACACACAAGGAGCCGGGCGCUAUUAACAAUGCGGGCAUUGCGGACAACAACUUGCAGCAUGGCUCCACCAUUAGCUGUGUGCGUGCGGGCUCGGAUUAUGCGCAGCUUAAUGCGCCGCUCUGGCGCUUUUUGCAUGGCAUUUAUGGCGGUGGACCAGAAAUAAUGCUGCGUGGUGCGCUCUCCGACGAUGAGGCUGAUGAAAUUGAAAUCAUCGAUCAAGAUGAAGAGUAUGAGCAGCAGCUGCAUAAUCAUUCGGAAACGGAAAGUAAUCUAGGCAGACACCAUGAUAGUACGCCAUCGCCAACGCCUUCAUCCUCACCCUCGCCCACACCAUCGCCAGCGCCUGUUACUGAGCCUGAGGCAGCCGCAAGUGAAUCGUUACACAAUGGCACGGAUAACAGCGGGCGCCGUGGCAAAGCUGCAGCCAAGUCUAUCAAAGCGCUGCGCCUGAACAUGAGAAAACGUGGACGCAAUCGCAAUGCGCUCAAGCAGCAUGCAGAAAUGUUUGGCGCCAAGGGUCACUACAAUGUACAACCCGUCGCAGAUGCUGCGGCCGAAACUGAAGCUGAUGCCGAAACAGCGAGCAUUAACAACAAUAAUAAUAAUAAUAACAACAACAACAAGGAAACUCCAACAAGAGUAGCAACAGCUGCAUUUCAAACAGAGUACACCAUACCAUUCCAAAGCGAUAAUUUCCAAGUAAAUGGCGCACGUGAAAAGAAACGUGUGCGCAAUAAGGCGCGCAAUAGCAACAAGGAGAACGUCAAACUGCAGAAAUUUAUAACGCUGCAGGAGAGCAAUGGAGUCAAUGACGAGACUGAUAUAUGAUCAAGAAAGAGAGCCAGUGCGUCAAAAGCAAAGUAGUAGCAUUUCCCAAAAGUCAAACGCCGACGCCGCCGCAGCUGCUGUAAAUUUCGUAUCAAAUUCAAAAUUUAGGCAUCAAUUGUAAUAGUUUCUCUUUUUGUAGUUAAAAUAUGUACCUCAAUUAUUUUGUUUGGGGUUUGGAGGAGGCUAUAUGAAAAACCAACCAUGUAAAAAUUGUAUUUAUAAAAUUGAAACGUAUGUGUAUUUAUGUAGAAGCAAGCAAGAGAGUACGGCUGCUAACAAAUGUACAUAAGCUGUAGUAUUCGAUGUGCAUUGCGUAUACAAAUAAAAGCGACAAAGAGUAAGUUAAC